AUGUCUUCGAAUCUGCUUCGCCUUGUGGGGAACGCAAGCUACGUCCAGGGCUUGAAGGAGAAGAUGCGGAUCGGGAAACUUCCCUUGGCACUGAAGGCCUUGAGCAUCGGCAUCCCUGCCGAUCAGCUUCUGAUCGACGUUGCACAGGCAGGUGGGCUGCAUGGCAAGAGCGACGGGUGUAUCAUAGUUGGGCCCCAGAGACAGGUCAGCGGGUCGAGUCGGGGUGAACCUCUGCCGCUGUGCCGAGAGCCGCUGGAGGUGAAGUCGUCCUCGUGCAGGAGUGGUGACAGGACCUUCGGCAUCAAGUCCAUCCGCAGGUCCUUCCGUCAUCUGUUCAUCGUGGGAAGAAAGGACAACCCUGACGACUGGACGUCCCUUGACGCUCUAGACGACAAGUGCUCCCUCGGUUACAUCAGCGGGGAGGACUAUGACAUAGCUCUAGAGCGGCACCUUGUGCGCCAGGGUAGAUGGCCUGCAGCUUCCGACGAGCCACAGGAUGUGACGGUGACGAUGAACAGCAGGAAGAGGACCGGCUGGCUCUCGCAGCACAUCCGGUGGGUGGGCUUCAAGGACCUGACACUGCAGUGGUGGCAGGCUACUGUAGGGAGCAGUGUGCUGGCAGUUAGGUAG